UUGUUUUGAUUUUUUUUUUCUUUGUUAGCUUUUUCAGGUUUGGUUUGUUUUGAUUUUUUUUUUUUUUUGAGACAGGGUUUUUCUGGGUAGCCCUUGUAAAGGAAGGCAUACCCCACCACUGCCCGGUUCCUUCUUAUGCUUUUACAUCAUUACAUGCUCAGUCAGGCCUAUUUACCCUGCCAGAUCUCUGCUUCCUAUUUGUAAGGUGCUUCAAAGGAUGCUGUUUCUGUGCCAUCCCUCAGGCUUGUAGGAUAUAACUAUGGUCUAUUUACUAGGAGUAUUUCCUUUUGGACUGUGGAAGGUGGUAGUGUCUUGAGAUCUGGUCUUGCUUUAAAAAAGUAGCUUCUCUCUGCAACUUAGAAAACCAUUAUCCUAAUUAUGGGAGAAAUUCUCUCCAUAACCGCCUCUUAUCUUUGUUUUGCUCGGGGAUGGAAGAUUAAGAGCCUGGAGAAUGUAAUGCACCCUGAUCAAAAAAACAAAAACAAAAAAAAAACCCCAGGUGUGUGUGUGUGUGUGUGUGUGUGUGUGUGUGUGUAUGCGUUUUGCUUCACAGUUUCUUAGCCCCCAUUACCUGAGGUGCUACCUUGUAUAGGCAGGCUCCAGUGGCCUGGGUAUCUGGGCAUCAGGAGAGGCAGUGGCUCCUCCCCCAACUUUGAGAGCUUCUUUCCCAGUUGUCUCCUAGGUGUCUUCACUGAGGAGAGAGUUCUCUGCUUUCUUCUUGGCCAUGGUGGGCACCCUGAGGCACCUGACCCUUGAGACUGCCAUCCCAGGGGUAACCCUACCUCUGGAAGCAGGCAGGUAAGGGUUAAAGGUAUGGGCCAGCCCAGUUCCCGUCCAGGUAGGUUGGGCCUUUACCUAGUGGGAGGCAGCCAAGACAGCAGUCACUGUUGUUCACUUCUACUGCCAGGAAAGCCAGGGCCCGGAUGAGACAAGUGUUCUUCUUGCUGCCUGGCGUUGGUGAGACUCCUAUCUGUGACCUAUGGGCCUCUGGGGAGGCGUUGUAAGUCUGCCCAGCUUCCCACUUACUGUGUUUGCACUCAAUGGGAAGGGAUCCAAAGUACCAGGCGGAGUGGGUCCAGACAGUGACACGGAAUCUGAGCGGGCAUAGUAGGCUUUGUCCAGCUAUCAGCCACAAGGUCCAAGCAGUACAAGGAUGGAAGUCAAAGGUCAGCUGAUCAGCUCUCCUACCUUCAAUGCCCCAGCUGCCCUGUUUGGAGAGGCUGCCCCCCAGGUGAAGUCAGAACGUCUCCGAGGGCUGCUUGACCGCCAGAGGGCCCUCCAAGAGGCCCUGAAUCUGAAACUUCAAGAGCUCAGGAAAGUGUGCCUGCAGGAGGCGGAGCUAACUGGUCAGCUGCCCCCUGAAUGCCCGUUGGAGCCUGGUGAACGGCCUCAGUUGGUACGCCGGAGGCCCCCUGCAGCACUUGCCUACCCUCCACUGCACGCAAACCCAGUACACCACUCCUUGUGUCCUGCUGAGGAACUGGCUCUUGAGGCCCUGGAGCGUGAAGUGUCCGUACAGCAACAGAUUGCAGCUGCAGCUCGCCGCCUGGCCCUGGCCCCUGACCUCAGCGGAGAACAGAGACGGCGCAGGCGCCAGGUACAGGUUGAUGCACUGCGAAGGCUGCAUGAGCUGGAGGAGCAGCUCAGGGACUUCCGGGCCCGUCUCGGCCUCCCAGUGCUCCAGCCACUGCCACUGUCUGAAGGAGCACUAGUCAAUGCCCAGGGUGUCUGCCUGGGUACACGCCUUGCUCAGCUCAGCCAAGAGGAUGUAGUUCUGCACUCGGAGAGCAGCUCCCUCUCAGAGUCAGGGGCCAGCCAUGAUAACGAGGAUCCUCAUAGCUGCUUCCCUGUACCCGAGCGCCCCUCACCACCAAAGGCCUGGGACCAGUUUCGGGCAGUAUCUGGGGGAAGCCCUGAACGGCGAGCCCCAUGGAAACCUCCCCCAUCUGAUAUUUAUGGGGACCUGAAGAGCCGACGUAACUCUGUGGCCAGCCCUACCAGCCCCACACGCUCGCUGCCCAGGAGUGCCUCCAGUUUUGAGGGGCGAAGUGUGCCUGCCACCCCUGUCCUCACCCGGGGCACUGGCCCCCGGCUCUGCAAACCAGAAGGCCUCCAUUCUCGCCAGUGGUCCGGUAGUCAGGACUCCCAGAUGGGCUUUCCUCGGCCUGACUCUGCUUCGGAUCGGGCCUCCCUCUUCGCAGCUCGCACCCGCCGAAGUAAUAGCUCUGAGGCCCUGCUUGUGGACCGGGCAGCUGCUGGGGGAGCUGGGUCUCCACCUGCUCCCCUGGCUCCCCCUGCUGCUGGUCCCCCAGUUUGCAAGAGCAGUGAGGUGCUGUAUGAGCGCCCCCAACCAGUCCCUUCCUUCUCUUCCCGCACCGCUGGGCCCCCAGACCCUCCUCGGGCUGCCAGGCCUAGCUCAGCUGCCCCUGCAUCCCGUGGGCCCCCCCGACUCCCACCUGUGUGUGGAGACUUCCUCUUGGACUAUUCAUUGGACCGGGGCUUGCCCCGCAGUGCUGGCGGGGCAGGUUGGGGGGAGCUGCUACCUGCUCCUGAAGUCCCAGGACCCCUUUCCCGCAGAGAUGGGCUCCUUGCCAUGCUCCCAGGUCCUCCACCCAUAUAUGUAGCUGACAGCAGCAGCCCCCUCCUCCGCAGCAAGGACCCCAACGCCCGUGCCAUCCGUUCCAAGCCCUGUGGCCUGCCCCCAGAAGCUGUGGAGGGUCUGGAAGUGCAUCCAAACCCAUUACUCUGGAUGCCCCCACCCACCCGGAUACCUCCAACUGGUGAGCGAGGUGGCCACAAGAACCUUGCCCUGGAGGGGCUGCGGGACUGGUACAUCCGAAAUUCAGGACUGGCCGUGGGACCCCAGCGCCGGCCAAUGCUCCCGCACAUGGGCCCAACACAUGCACCCUUCCUCCAUGCCCGCUGCUAUGAGGUGGGCCAGACACUGUACGGCCCUCCCAGCCAGGCACCGCUCCCGCACUCGAGGAGUUUCACAGCACCUCCUGUCUCCGGCAGAUACUACACGGAUUUCCUGUAUCCCCCGGAACUGAGCGCUCGGUUAAGUGACCUGACACUAGAGGGGGAGCAGUCUUCCAGUUCCGAUCCCCAGACCCCAGGGACACUGGUCUGACCCUAAAGGCCCUUUGUUGGUCUGGACACACUCCCGUCUGGGGAGCACACAGUCGACCUCGCUGAGCCCUGGGAUAUGGUUGCUCUUGGUCCUGAUCUCACAGGGCCCCUGGCUUCUCUUUGGCCCAGGAAGAUGUCUGGUAUUCCCUGCUCUCUUCUCAUCCUGUGCUGGGGAACUGGAGGGCCCCAGCUAGCUUCAAAGAGGGGUACAAAAUGGUGUGGGGACUCUGCCCCUUCCUCCAUUUCUGUUUACAGUUGUGAUUUAGUAUUCACUGUUUUUGCCCAACACUAGGUGUUUUAUAAAAGGGAAACUGUGAGCUCAUUCCUGGUUGGGUUCAUUCCUAUCCCCAUGCCCAACCUGUUCCAUUCUGGAGCCACCACCCUGCUUCAGCAAAAUGGACCAUAUAGAGUCUUGGGGCUGGGAGCCUGCUGUGAAUAGAACUCCCUGUCUCCUCCCACUAGAGUUCUUGGACAGAUGGGCUUCUGUCCACAUUUGGAAGGAUGAAAGUCUAGGUGGGGUACCUGAAGGAGCUAUUGUCUCUGCCCAUGGCCUCUGUGAUGACCUUCCCCAACUAGGAGGCCAUACAAGAGGUUGUCAAGAAGCAGAGCCAUUUGAGUAUGUCACAUCCUGGGAUGCUGCAGUGGUUAAACCUGGCAACUGGUAGAUGCCGGUAAAACCCUCAGGUGACAUCUGGCCAUGGGCCGCAGGCCACAUCAUGUCCUCCCUGGCAUUCCUUCUACUUACCAGUUUUUAAACAAAUCCACAUAAGCUGUGUUUUCUAUAUUGUCUGUGACUUUCUGGAGCUGGGGGUUCCCCUACCCCAUUUACCUGGUGUUAAUUUUUUUUUCUUUUUGUACCAAUGGAUCUGGGCCCAAGACACUACUCACACUGGAAGGGGAUUUCUAUAAUAAAUGUAUAAACUCAA